AUGAAUGGAACAAUAGAACAUAGCGACGGACUGACAGCCCAUGAGGAGCAGCUUUUCCGUGAUGUCGAAGCUCAUGAGCAAGACUACAAUUACAUCAUCGGUCAGUUCGCCAGAAUCAUCGCCCCCAUUGGAAUCCUGCUGAACUCUAUUUUUCUCUUCGUGGUGAUUCGAGUGAAGUCCAUGCGCACGAUCAUCAACGUCUAUCUGUCGAGUUUAGCAGUGGCUGACGCUACCAAUCUGACCCUAGGCAUGUCAAUAACAUGGGCAAUACAAAACACACACACUGUAGAUCCAGGUGCUUCCCUGGCCUCACACGUAGCUUUAUCAACGAUGCAGAUUGCUUCGUACUGCUUCGUGACUGUCAUAGCGGUUGAAAGAUUCUUCGCCGUACGCCAACCGCUAACCCAGAGAGCGCAAGCGAGCAAGUCUCGAGCAGCCAAGGUAUCGGCAGGCAUCUGGGUUGCGGCACUUGUCACAGGCGUUUUGGGUGGAUUCUUAACUAGUUCCACUUAUGUCAAGAAUGAGGUGUUCACUAAAGUAGCUGGUGUCUUGUUUCUACUGAUUUACCUGGCUACGUUUACAAUAACUAUUUCUUCGUAUAUUUACAUCGUUAUUAAGUUGUGCCACAGUGACCGAGAGCGUCAAGUAGGCCAAACCCGUCGAGUUUACCCCGUCGUCCGCAUGCUGGUCAUCAACUCUGCUGUCUUCUUCCUGCUCAGUUCAACGGAAAUCGCCUUAACCGUUAACACUCUUAUUAUCCUGUUCUCCUCACAGUCGGGAGCUGAAGCUGUCUUGGAUAUGUUCUGGACCAGUCUCGACCUGUUGUUCUGCGUAGCGAUCUUUCGCCCCAUCAACUGCUCCAUCAAUACUCUGGUAUACAGUGCGACCAGCAGUCAGUAUCGAGCGGCUUUUUUGGAGGCUUUCCCUCCGUUGGCAAAGCUCCUUCGACAGUGCCGCCGCUGCCGCCGACCGCAGCAGACGGAGCAAAUAGAACUUCGAGUGAUUCCACCAGUGAAGGCCGCUCAAGAAUCACCGGUCCAAGCGCACUGA